CGAUGCCUAUACUCGCGUCAUUUAUGCAAGAUCCUGGAAAGCUCGUACUUUUCAUAGCUGUUUGGUGAUCUAAUUUUGCUAACCACGCGCAGUUUAUCCCUCCCUGUAAAGACAAACUCUACAGGAGUCUAGAAGGCGAAAGAAAAUCUCAGCGUGAGACUUCGUAUCAGCACCAUGACCACCACGGACAACCAACUGAUGCAGCAGCGGAAAGACUUUUGGUCUAAGCAGGAAGCGACAAUCGUAGGCAUGAUCCAGACAGAGGGAUACGAAAACAUGGCUUCAGACGAUGCAGACGAAAUAAUGGCCUACCUGCCGGAUCUGAAAGGGAAGAAGGUGAUUGACCUUGCUGCAGGCAUCGGGCGGUUCACGGGUCGUCUGGCGAAGGUGGCAGCGCAAGUGACUGCGGUGGACGUUGCCGAAUCGUUCAUCAAGGAAAACCGAGCCAAGCACCAGCACCUCCGUCACGUCUCCUACAUCUGUAACGAUGUGGUCAAUCUGGAUCUGCCGGAGGGAAGCCUGGACGUGGUGUUCAGCAGUUGGCUCCUCAAGUAUCUGAAUGAGGACGAGCUGGACCGUUUUCUUCCUAAAGUCCUCAAGUGGCUCAGUCCAGGCGGCUACUUCUUCUUCCGCGAGUCUUGCUACCGUAGCGUGGGAACGAUACACUCAGAUGAGAACCCGUCCAUCUUCCGACGGCCUGAGGAUUACGUGAGCCACGUGCUGAAGGCCCGCGACGCUGAGCGUUCCGCCUUCACCCUCCUGCGCUGCAAGAAUAUCCUCGCUUACAUAAACUAUAAGAACGCAGCCAAUCAGGUGUGCUUCCUAGCCAAGAAGGUGAGCGAAGGAGAGGUGGAAUGCCCGUCGGAGCCUCGCCAGCACAUCGUGUGCCCACUGGGUGCCUCCCUGCCUGACGAUGGUGCCAAAGACGCCCUAGGAGGGGAGUCUUCCACGAAAACGUUCUGUGCCCGGCUUGGGCUGCGGGCGGGGAGGCGGGUGUUGGUGGUGGGCUGCGGGGAGGGCGACUCGGCAGAGUUCCUGGUGAGCCAUUAUCAAGUGACGGCACAUGGCGUUGAUCGUUGCCACUCCAAGGUUAUGGCGGCUAUUGGACGGCAGAUGAAGCUCGACGACAACAACAGACAGAAGCUGCAUUUCGAAGGCGGGUGUCUGAUGCAGCUGGACCGGGAUGACGACUCUUACGACGUGAUCUACUGCCGCGAGGCGCUGCACCUCCUGCCACGCAAACAGGAAGUGUUUACCAAGUUCUACAGGUGGCUACGCAAAGGCGGAAUUCUCUUCAUCACCGACUACACCAGCGGCUCCUCCGCCCCGUCCACCGACGAAGCCUCCACCUGCACCCACGCCCACACCUUGCCUGUAUGCCACCUGGAGUCGCCUGAUGCCUUGGCCAUGAAGCUGCGGGAGGUGGGCUUCAAGGGUGUGACAACCAAGGACCUCUCACAGGAGCUAACCAAGAUUCUUAUUAAGGAGCAGGGCGACUUGGGCACUAGUAGCUCCGAUGGGAAUUAUAAGCUGAUCCUAGCCAAGAAGGGGCAACUCACUUGGACUUCCUUCACAGCCACGAAGUAAGAAGUGACGACUGUUGAUCUCACGAGGAUCAACCAGAGGCCAAGAGGAGUGAGGCGCGCUCGCGCCUAAAACACACACAUACACACACACACACACACACACACACACACGUGCUGUCCAGUUGUCUGUAGUUCAUCCAUGUGAGUUUAUUGCACACAUUUAGCUGUAAGAGGAACCAUGGCAAUGUGAUUGUAUCCUGUAGCGUUAGAAUGGUCCCCAUACGACGCACGACCUAGGCUGCAUUGUUGCUGAAGUGUUUAAGGGAUUCAAGAAAGCUAAAGUCACGGAGGGAAAAAGAUGUAUUGAUUAGUAACUGAUUUUGUACUCCCAUCAACGUAAAAAUAUUGGGGCAAUCACCUUCUACUACUACUACUACUACUACAACUACUACUACUACUACUACUACUACUACUACUACUACUACUACUACUACUACUACUACUACUACUACUACUACUACUACUACUACUACUACUACUACUACUACUAUUACUAUUACUACUACUACUACUACUACUACUACUACUACUACUACUACUACUACUACUACUAACUACUACUACUAUUACUAUUGCUAUUAUUAUGAUAAAGAACUGUAGGAAAUCUUUAUAGACUAAGUACCUAAGGAGCACCUGUGGUAUAUACGUAUAUUUGCCUUCUAUACGUUCAUGUCUACAAGUAGAUAAGAAAAAGUUCAUUAAACUGACAAGUAGCGUUCAACCCUAA